AGGAAUAUUCUGGUUUGUCUGAGCUGCCGUUUCAGAAUCCCGACACUGCCGGCGGACCGUAGUUCAUACCCUUGCAAGCUCCUACUCUUAUCCAUGAAUCUUUUGGAAAUUUUUAAGAUGCAAAAGAAAAAACCCGAUGACAUGCCGCCGCCGCCGCCGCCGCCCGUGUACUGGAUUGAGACUUCAGAUUCGAUGUCUCACCACUUUCAGUUCGAAUCCGAUGGUCAUCUUUCUGUGACGUUGGUCGAUGAUUCAAGACCUGCCUCUCGUAGGAUAGUCGAAUCCUUUCUAAAUAAGUUCUUUCCAUCGGGUUAUCCGUAUAGUGUGAACGAGGGAUAUCUCAGAUACACACAGUUCCGAGCAUUGCAACAUUUCUCGAGUGCAACAUUAUCAGUAUUAUCAACUCAGUCACUUCUAUUUGCUGCAGGUUUGAGACCUACACCUGCACAGGCUACUGCUGUUAGUUGGAUAUUAAAAGACGGCAUGCAGCAUGUCGGAAAGCUCAUAUGUAGCAACUUAGGUGCAAGAAUGGACUCGGAACCUAAAAGUUGGAGGCUUUUGGCUGAUGUUCUUUACGACUUUGGUACCGGUCUGGAAGUAAUUUCACCUCUAUGUCCACACUUAUUUCUUGAAAUGGCUGGGCUUGGCAAUUUCGCUAAGGGAAUGGCAGUUGUUGCAGCAAGAGCAACAAGAUUGCCCAUAUAUUCUUCGUUCGCCAAAGAGGGAAAUCUGAGUGACCUUUUUGCAAAAGGUGAAGCCAUUUCUACUCUGUUUAAUGUUCUCGGAAUAGGAGCAGGAAUUCAGUUAGCAUCUACCGUUUGUUCAUCUACACAGGGAAAGUUGGUGGUUGGGCCGCUCCUAUCAUUGAUGCAUGUGUAUUGCGUGAGGGAAGAGAUGCGAGCGACUCCAGUCAACACUCUAAACCCACAGAGAACUGCACUAAUUGUUGCAGAAUUUUUGAAGAGUGGUAGAAUAUCCAGUCCGGCCGAUCUAAGAUAUCAAGAAGAUAUCUUAUUCCCGGGACGACUAAUAGAAGAAGCUGGAAGUGUCAAAGUGGGAAGGCCUUUACACAAAGUCUGCAAACCCUCCGAGCUACAAAAAGUGAAGGAAAAAUUUCCGGACGAAAAAUUCAUUUUAAACCGUGGGAGAAAAUGCACCGACAUGGUACUGGAGCGUAGCGCUACUGGAGAAGAUGCUCUGAGGGGGUGGCUGGUCGCUGCAUAUGCUGCUGAGGUGGCGAAGUCGUUUCAUGUGCCUAGUGAAAAUGCGUUGGAGGAGGGUUAUAGUAGGAUGAGUGAUGUGUUUUUUCCAUUUAUAUCCGAGCUGCAAGCUAAAGGAUGGCAUACCGAUCGUUUUCUUGAUGGAACUGGUUGUCGUUUUGCUUUGUAGUUUAAUGUCGAAUUUGGUAGACCCUCCCUUUUUUCCUUUUUUUUUAAAGAUAUUUGGAUUUCUCUUGUAAUGGAAAGCUGGAAAAUUUCCCUGUAAUUUUGCCAGACAGUGAAUCGAUUAAUCAGAAUCUCUUACAAAUA